AUGACAGAGGUGGAAAUUACAGCACAUGUUUCCCACAGUGCAGAUAAACUGAACCUCAGCGGGCUGAACCACACAGAGCUGAGGCGACUCUACUGCAUGAAUGGCGGCUAUCACCUGCAGCUUCUCCCUGAGGGCUCAGUGAGAGGAAGCAGAGAGGAACACGACCCUUACAGUGUGUUGCAGAUUAAAGCUGUGAGUGCUGGAGUGGUGGUCAUUGAGGGAACAGAGGCCAAACGGUUCCUCUCUAUGAGUGAUGAUGGCAAGCUGUACGGAUCACUGUCAGUAACUGAUGAAAGUCACUUCCUGGAGAAGCUGGAGGAGAACAACUACAACACGUACAAGUCCCAAAAGUACGGCCCAAACUGGUAUGUCGGAAUAAAAAAGAACGGAAAACCAAAGCGAGGCUCGAGGACACACACUGGACAACAGGCCAUUUUCUUUCUACCUCAGCAGGAGGAUCAAGGAAGAGACUAA